AUGGAAGCUGCAGAGGCAGGAGAAUUUACGGGCAUGGAUGCUUUUAAGGAAGCAGAUCGGAAUCGACUGGCUGCCAGCUCCCAGGCUGAGGCGAACCUAGGAGUCCACAACCGUGAUGAGCCGUUGGAUAUUGGAAUCGAACACCAUGAGAAUUCAACGCGGGCCGAGUCUUUCCUUGGACCAGCGCGUUCGAAGCUGGUCAACCCCGUCAGCUCGACCCAAAACUUCGGCACAAUCCCGGCGCAAGCUGAUUUCGUCCCCCCCGAAUACAUCGCACCUACAGAGGCCCUCGACCGAUCGAAGCUCUCUCUGGAACAAAACAGAGCCCGCACGAAAGCCGCUUCGCCGAAGGAACAUACUAUCGUACAAACAGAUGAACACAGCUCCGUGCCGAGUCAGAUGCAGCAGCUCCUGGACCACGGCCGUCCCAUCGACGCUGCGCAAAUUUUCCUGGAUGCCCACCCGGCCUCGCUAAACGGUAUAUCUUCAGACAGAAGGGAACUUGCGGUACAGGCAUUCUAUGUGAAUUGCAAGGAAGAGAACGUUUUCAUCGCGCGUAACAUAUUCGAACGACUAGAGCAAGUCGACAAGAUAUCACCGAACAUGUGGAAGGUGCUGAUAUUCGCAUUGGCGAGGAAAGGCUGCAUCGAAUCCGCGGCGACAAUUUACACCCGUUACAUGCACAAAUUUCAAGUUCCUGCAGAUAUGGUCGAUGUUGUGCUGCGGUGCCUGCUAGAGUCCCAUCGUCUCACGACCGCAAAGUGGUUCUUGCUGCGGAACCUACAGGUUGAUCGGGAUUGUGGCCUCUGUGGUGCAUACCUUACUGGCCUUUGGAGAAAAACGCGCAGCAUUGAGCUCUUAAAUGGACAGCUGAAGAAGCUGUUGACAAUGCUUCCUCGACUCGGGAAGGACCCGAGCGACAAGCUCUUCAACCCCGUCAUCAAGGCGUAUGUCGAAUUUGGCCGAUUGGCUGACGCAGAAGCCCUCGUCGAGGAUAUGACGACAACUUACGAACUUCCCCUUCGUUGCCGCACGAAAGGCCUUCUGAUAUAUGGGAAGGCCCUGAUGUGCGAUUGGGAUGGGGUCGAGGCAGGUCUCCAGGAGAUGCACGAAUUGAACCUGACUACACGUCGAAGAGAUUUCACACCAAUCUUCGACCGCAUCUUCCUAGAAUACUGGCCGUCUCAUACAGGGUCUGAGGUUCGCGAUUUUGUUUUCCGUCACAUCGACAAGUUCAACAUUGUUCCCGAUCGUGUUUUAUACAAGCACAUCUUGGAGGCGUUUGUGGAAAAAGGCAACAAAGAAAUGAUAUCAGAGCUGUCGAGGAUGGCGCGCGAACGCUCCUGGAAAGUUGCAGUCAAUGAACAGGAGUUUUUGGAGAUGUUACGGGUGCGGCGCCUCGCACUUGAGGGUGCACCGGUUGGGUUCUGGCAGAUGUUACAGGCAGCCCGGGUCAAGUACGGGCAAUCUGCGGCCUCACAACAGAUCCUAGGCUACGAUCAGCGCUCAUUCCCCAUUACCGAGGUCAACAAAAUGCCUUAUACGCAAAGUACCUUGCCGUGGUACCAGCGAACGCUACAAGAGAUGACACCAUCGAAGCCUGUCGAUCAAUACCAAAAGCUUCACAAACAAAUGACGCAUUAUAUGCAUGUUGGCAAGAUGAGCGAGGCCCUCAAGUGCUUUGAAAAUGCAAAGAAUGCAAGGUUCCAGAUGAAGCAGCUUCAUGUUGAGCUGGCGGUCGUGGCGACCCUCCUGGAACACGGACUGGGCGCAGCCCGAGCACUGAUCGAGGCCGAAUGGCGGAAUAUCCGGCACUUGAUCCGAUUCUUCCCUCAAUUCUUCCGCCAGAUCAUGGAAGUAGACUCGUCCGCGGAGGGCGAGAUCACCAAGCUCGCCGUCCUCCGAUUCUAUCAGCUCUGCUGGUUCAACAAACAAAUGAUUGUGAAGCAUCACAUCACUGUGGCUACGAGUCGACGGCUGAUUGCUUGUAACCGGCCUGACAUGGCGCUGGAUCUGUUAAUUGCGGUGUACAUGUCGCGAUACCGGAAGGCGGCUGCGUUCGACGGAGUGUGCAUGAAGAUGUUUCUGCGCGCAUUCGCUGCGGUGGACAACCUGCCCGGUAUUCGGUGGUGCAUUCUUACCGGUCUUGCUCGCGGAAGUGCUGUCAACCGUGACCUGGUAGUCGAGGUCCGAAGGGUUCUAGGGGUUUUGAACCGCUCGUUUACUCCAGAAAGUCUAUCCAAGCGAGAGGCGGCGAGAAAGACUGAGCAACUUGAAUAUCUCGGUCACCUCGCUGAUCUCCUGGAGAAGAAAUGUGAGGGUGAUGCACAGGCUUGGAAGAUCAAAUCCGACCCUUCGGUGAAACGGUCCUUCCGGCGGAUGCUCAAGCGACCCCUUGACGAGAGACGGCUGUUUAAAGAGGCCGACAUCCAAGAGACGAUCGAGGGAUGGGAUGAGGAGUACGAAUUGGAGGCUGUGGUCGGUCGUAUUGAGAUCAAUCCCAAGUCGAUCGCUGCGCAUUGGAAUGAACGAGCCGUCUUGGGGAAGAUGGCACGGGGCAGUGAUGCUUGA